AUGGGUAAAAAUACCGAUCAGGCUGAGGAAUGGCUUCAAAAGUGUUACCCGGGCUCUGCUCCAUCAAUUGCAACCAUCAAACGAUGGUUUGCCGAUUUCAAACGUGGUCGUACGGACACCGAUGAUGCUGAACGCUCUGGUAGGCCAAAUGAGGCAGUUAUUCCAGAAAACAUCACAAAAAUCAACAAAAUGAUUAUGGCCGACCGCAAACUGAAAUUGCAGAAGAUAGCUGACAUCCUAAAGAUAUCAAAAGGCAGUGUGUACACAAUUUUGCAUGAUCAUUUGGGCAUGAGAAAGCUGUGUUCGAAAUGGGUGCCGCGUUUGUUGACACCGGAACAAAAACAAAAUCGUGUCGAUGAUUCGGAGAGCUGUUUGACCAUUUUUAAGCGCAAUCCGAACGAGUUUCUGCGUCGUUAUGUGACCAUGGACGAAACCUGGGUCCACCAUUUCACUCCGGAGUCAAAUCGGCAGUCAGCUGAAUGGACAGAAGCCGGUGGAAGUCGACCAAAGCGCCCAAAAACACAAAAGUCAGCUGGCAAGGGAAAAAGAUAUGGCUCGAAUGAGGAGGUGAUUGCCGAAACUGAAGCCUAUUUUGAGGCCAAGGACAAAUCGUUCUACAAAACUGGUAUCGAAAAGCUAGAAAGGCGUUGGAAUGAUUGUAUCACUCUAAAAGGGGACUAUGUUGAUGAAUAA